AUGCAUGAUCCAGAGGAAAUAAAUCUUAGCAAUGUUGAAAAGAAAAAGCGAAGCUCGGCCAAGCAGCUUCGUUGUUUUGAGGAUGUUGUAAUUAUGGAGAAGCGAAUUUCUCAAAGAGCCGUGAUGACAAAGCCUCGGGUUGUCGGUUGUGACGACCGGGUGUGA